AUGACUAGUAGCCCUGGCGGCAACCCGAGUCGGCGCCCUCCGCCUAUGCUGAAGGCCGAGCGCCAAGCUGCCUUUAGACGGAAGGUGCGAAAUGAGUUGCUCCUUCAUGGUCGCGAGGGUAAAGACGCGGAGCGGCGACGCAUGGAGGAGUAUCGCCGUCUCUGUAAGGAGGAGGGCAUCCAAUCAAAACGGCUGGAGGAGUACGAUUCGGCACGUAAAAACGCGUCCAGUUUGCUGAACGAGAGGUUGCAGCGCAUCGAAUACGACCAGAGUCUCACGAAUUCAGAGAAAAAGAAGCGGAAGUUUAACCUGAAGCGAAAUUAUGCGGCGCAAACAGUGACGGAGCUUCUCAAGAAAAAAGAGAAGCACCACAACGCACUGACAAAGGUGGAGGAGGUUCGGAAGAAACGACAGGAACAAUUUGAGGCGCAAAAAGCAGCGAAGAAGGAAAGGGAGGCGACAAGGAUUAAAUGCAUUCAAAGAAGACACGCAAAUAACGCACUUUAUGCGCAAAGGACCCCUAAAGGACAGCCGGUCAUGAAUGGCCGAGUGAAGCUAUUGCUGUAUAAACUGCAGCAUGAGCAAACGAAGAACUGA